CCACCUAUGCGCACCGCCACCGGGAGGAGCUGCGGCCAGCCCGCGCCCAUCCCUGCCGCUGCGGUCACUGGGACGGCAGAGCAGUCUCGCGCCCGGAGCGCCCCUGCCAUGAAGCCCAACUUCUCCCUGCGACUGAGGGUUUUUAACCUCAACUGCUGGGCAUGGGAGGAACCUGCAGCUCCAAGGCUCACACCUGGCCCCAGCUCCAGUGAUGUCCGGAGGGUUGAGAACUCCAGCAAUCACCUCCUCGUCCCUUCUGUUCCCAGGGGCAUUCCCUACCUGAGCAAGCACAGAGCCGACCGCAUGAAGCGCUUGGGGGACUUUCUAAACGUGGAGAGCUUCGACCUUGCCCUGCUGGAGGAGGUGUGGAGUGAGCAAGACUUCCAGUACCUGAGACAGAAGCUGUUACCCACCUACCCAGCAGCACACUAUUUCAGGAGCGGCAUCAUUGGCAGUGGCCUCUGUGUCUUUUCCAAACACCCAAUACAAGAAUUCACCCAGCAUGUCUACACCCUCAAUGGCUACCCCUACAUGGUCCAUCAUGGUGACUGGUUCUCCGGGAAGGCUGUGGGACUGCUGGUAUUCCAUCUAAGUGGACUGGUGCUCAAUGCCUAUGUGACCCAUCUCCAUGCCGAGUACAAUCGACAGAAGGAUAUCUACCUAGCACAUCGUGUGGCCCAAGCCUGGGAACUGGCCCAUUUCAUCCACCAUACAUCUAAGAAGGCCGACAUGGUUCUAUUGUGUGGGGACCUCAACUUGCACCCGAAGGACCUGGGCUUCCGCUUGCUGAAGGAGUGGACAGGGCUGCAUGAUGCCUACCUCGAGACCCAGGACUUCAAGGGCUCUGAAGAAGGCUGUACAAUGGUUCCCGAGAACUGCUAUGUCAACCAGCAGGAGCUGGAGCUAUUUCCCUGUGGCAUCCGCAUUGACUAUGUGCUUUAUAAGGCAGUUUCUGGGUUCUGCAUUUCCUGUAAGACUCUCAAAACUACGACAGGCCAUGACCCUCACAGUGGCACUCCCCUCUCUGAUCAUGAGGCCCUGAUGGCUACUCUUUGUGUGAGACACAGCCCACCCCAGCACAACCCCAGCCCUACCCACGGACCAGUAGAGAGGUCACCAUUGAUCAGCGUGCUGAGGGAGGCCUGUACAGAGCUGGACCUGGGUGUGGCUCAAGCUCGUUGGUGGGCCACCUUUGCUAGCUACGUGAUUGGUCUAGGGCUGCUUUUCCUGGCAGUGCUGAGUGCUCUGGUGGCUGAAGGAGGCAUCAGGGAAAUUGCCAUACUGCUCUGGACCCUCAGUGUAGGACUGGUGCUAGGAGUGGGUGCAGUCUACCUCUUCCACUUGCAGGAGGCCAAGGGCUUAUGUAGGGCCCGGGCUGAGCUCCAACAUGUGCUGGGAAGGGCAAGAGAGGCCCAGAAUCUGGGCCCAGAGUUUAAGCCAGCCCUGUUCCUGGAACAUCAGGAGGGGUACAGGACUGAAGACCAAUAAAGCUUGACACUUUUCUGGC